AUAAGUGAACAAUUAUAAUUCGAAUGUUUAGUGUUUUUUGGUCAGAGAACCAGUGAAAAUCGACAGAGUUGUGCGAAACUAUUUUUUUUAUUCGAAAACAUUUUAUAUUAUAAAAACUUGACAAAAUGAUGGGUUCCUGCCAGCCGGGCCAUAUUGUAUAUAAUAAUCAAACAACUUGGGUACACUCAUCUCCCGGAUGUCCCCUACCACCUAUGGCCGUUAUUGGCGGCCAUGAUUGUGAUGGUGCCCCCAUGUAUGUAGGCCGUGCCUUUCAUGAAGGUGACAAUUUGCCGGCUAAGGUAGUGCCCAGCAAAGGUCACGCCUAUGUUGCCUAUGGCGGCAUAGAGCAUUGCAAACAACAUUAUGAAAUUUUGGUAGGCCAAGGCUACGGCUGGCAGCCCUGCUACAAUGGAGCAGUACCUCCCAACGCUGUACGCAGUGGUACAACACGCACCGGUGAGCCCUUGUAUGUGGGUCGUGGCCAUCAUGCUGGCUCCUUGUGUGUGGGUAAAAUUCAUCCCUCCCAUGGUUGCUUGUAUAUACCGUUUGGGGGUCAGGAAGUGCGCUUGAACACCUAUGAGGUGCUGGUUUUUGAACACGUCAAUAACUGGGUGGCUUCUACACCCAAUUAUACUCCUCCUGGUGCAGUUGUGGCUGGCCAUGAUACUGAUCGUGCUGUCAUAUAUGUGGCUAGAGCCAUGCAUGAGGGUGAAUUGUUGCCCGCCAAGUUUAUACCCAGCAAGGGAUGUUGCUAUGUCUGUUACGGAGGCUAUGAGAUCAAUAAACGCAACUUUGAGGUGUUGUGUGGACCCGGUUAUGCUUGGGUGAAGACCCAUCAUCAUGUGAUUCCCCCAAAUGCUGUUUCGACUGGACGUUCGCGCAAUGGUGAGCCCCUGUUUGUGGGUCGUGGUCAUCAUCAUGGAAGUCAUACACCUGGUCUGGUAUCAGUUACUCAGAGAUGUCUAUUCAUACCCUAUGGAGGACGUGAAAUACGACUUAGCGAUUAUGAGGUUUUGAUCAAGCAGUAAAUUGCCACGGAGGGCAUUAUAUGAAGCACAAAGACUAAGCAACAAAGCAUCACCACAGAUCAAUAUGACAAUUUUUACAAUUAAGUUGUAACGAAAGCAUUUAAAUACAUUAAAUUAAGAAAUUUUUUUUCCUUAUA